AUGGCAGUUCUCAGGCUUCUAUCCUUCAGGUUUUUGGUGAGCUUCCUGGUCCUUUCCUCCUUUCUCUCUCUAACUCUCUCUCAUAAAACCCCACAUGACCCUGGCUUUCUCUCUCUAACUCUCCCUCAUAAAACCUCUCACAAAACCCACCAAGAUCCAAGCCUCCCAACUCCAAUUCUCUCUGAAGAAACCCAACAAGAUGACACCAUUCUCUCUCUAACUCUCUCUCAUGAAAGCAACCAAGUUCCCAGCUUUCUCUCUCUAAAACUCUCUCCUAAACCCCACCAGACUCCAAGGCGCCUGCUGGGCCAGAGCUCUAUCUCUCAAUGGCUUGUGCCUCACAACCAGAUUAGGGCCCAAAUGGGUCUUCCUCCAUUGCAGUGGAACACAAAUCUUGCAAGCUUUGCUCAAUGGUGGGCAAACCAGAGGAGAGGAGACUGUGCCCUGGUUCAUUCAAACACUAACUAUGGUGAGAAUAUCUUUUGGGGUGGUGGCCCAAAUUGGACACCAGCUGAUGCAGUGGCUGCUUGGGUGGCUGAGAGGCCUUACUACAAUUAUCAGGGAAAUUCAUGUCAACCCAAUGAGGAUUGCACCCACUAUACACAGUUGGUUUGGAGACAAAGCUCUAGGGUUGGGUGCGCAAAGGUUAUUUGUAACAGUGGGGAUACUUUUAUUACAUGUAACUAUGAUCCCCAUGGCAAUGUGUUGGGCCAGAAGCCUUAUUGAGAGAUAGAAAAGAUGGGAUUUUGUUGUGUGAGAGA